GAGGAUCCGCCGGUAGCAGCUGCGCACCGAGCUGCUCACUAUCCCAUGUGUUUGGGCUCAGAUCCAGACAUGUGCUGCUAGAACAGACCUCUGUGGGACCUUGUCUUCUUUUAAAUCAAACAAUUCUGUUACGAAAAGACAAACGUUGGGAUAUUUGAUCGCUCUUUUCCUGAAACUACCUCCCUGCUCAUCAUCCGCGCAGAUGGAGGGAUGCGAGGAGGACAGGGGCGCACACAUGCAAACAGAGUGCAACAGAUUGACGGAGGAGCGAGAUGAGGUGGAGAGGCAGCUCAAACACAUCAAGAGAGUGUCUCAGAUGGUGAUUGAGGAGGUGAGUGUUCUACAGACUCAGCUGGAGAUCGAGAAGUCAUGCCGGGAGAACGCAGAGGCCCUGGCGACAAAGCUGAACUGUGAGAACAGGAAGCUGAAGUACCUGAGCAUGUCGUCUCGGCCGUGUCUGGACGAGCUCCUUCCCAGCAUCUCUGACUGCAUUGUGCUGGAGGAAGACACAGAUGCUGCUGACUCCAGUCCCGACACCUUCACACAGUACCAACAACAGGUGAAAGCGCUGAGGGAGACGGUGAAUGGCUUGUUGGAGGAGAAGAAGAAUUUUGUCUGUCAGGUUCAUGAGCAGCAGAGACAAAUAGACGAGCUCACUGUGCAGUCAGAGAAAGAUCAGGCUGAGAUGAAGGAGCUCCGUGAAAAUGUUGAGCAACAAAGUAAAACCAUCAAGAGAUUUAACAGAGUCUCCAUGAUGGCGGCUCAGGAGUACGAGGGGAUGAAGGAGCAGCUCGACUUGGAGCAGAGCCUGAGAGUUAAAGCUGAGAAUUACGCACAUGAGAUGCUGGUGAAGCAGAAGGAGGCCAACAGGCAGAGUAUGCUGCUGCUGCAGAGUGCUGAGCCCAGUGUUCAGCUGCUGAAAGCUCUGGAGGAUGUCGCUACCAUCACCAAAGCCCUGGAGGAGGAGCGUCUGCAGCAUCAGCAGAAGGUGCAGAGCCUGGAGGCCCAGCUGGAGCAGAACUGUAUGAAGAAGCAGCUGGAGGCGCUGCAGAGGCAGCUGGAGCUGCUGGAGCUGGAGAAGAAGGAGGUGGUGGGCAGACUGGAGCAAGCAGAGAAGAAGAACAAGGAGCUGGAGAACAGAGUCCACAAGCUCCAGGAGACCCAGAAAGAGAUCAUGGUGAACACCAGCAUGGGGCCCCCUCCUCUUGAACCUGGUGUUGCACCGCCUCCUGCCCCUCUUCCGCAGCCACCUCCUCCUCCUCCUCCACCCCCACCACCUCCUCCUCCACCUCCCCCCUCAAGAUGCAACCCCAUUAGCUCUCUCAUAGCCAUCAUGAGGAAGUCUUCCAAAGGCUCUAAAGCCACAGUGAAGGCAGAGCAGCCUUCAGUUGCUGAGGGCGUGGAUGAUGUGAAAGUGAAGGCAGUCAACGAGAUGAUGGAGAGGAUCAAACAUGGCGUCGUCCUUCGACCUGUCAAGAGUCAGGACAACAAGAGAAUAACAGUAAAACAGCCUCCAGCAUGUGAGGAGAAACAGCAGGAGAGUGCCAUGGACGAGCUGAAGGGCAUCCUGGAGACGGUGAAGAGGAGCCCCAGCCGAGGCUCUCAGGACUCGGGGCCGUCACCACCCGGGAAGAAGGACAGCGAGCUGGAGGUCAUCCUGAGACGCAGACGCAACAAGGCAGGAGAAGCUGGCUCUGGAGAUGAGCGGGAAGGCCAGAUGAGCCAUGUCUCCUCCUCCGACAGCCUGAACGGGAGGUGCAUCAGCAAUGACUCAGGCAAGGAUCCAGAGAGACAGGAAGGGCUAAGCAUCCCCUCUGACCCAGAGGGCCCCAUGGUCGGCCUGGAGAGGCAGGGGUCAGGGCCAGGACCUGCCGUGGGCAGGAGGAAGAGCUCUGACACGGACAGAGUGCCGAGGGUAGGCUCGUGGACGGAGAGGAGGUCGUGCAGCUCUCUGUCUGGGAAGGGAGAGUCUCCCAUCAGCAACGGCUGCAGUGUGGGGGAGGAGUGUGCCCAGUCAAACGGAGUGGACCAUGCCGAUGCCGCUGAGGACUCGCGUGCUGGCGUCUGUGCUGACUUGCUUGACGACAGUGCUGGCACUGAGUGCUAGACAGACUCUGAGGAUCCUGGGUUUUGUCUUGACUGAUCCAUGCAUAUUCACUCAGAUUAGAAGAGUUAGGGUGCGAUCACACCUUGGCUUCUGGAAAAGCUUUUGUAUUUCUGUUUUUCUGAUUUUACACUAAACAUUUAAAAACUAACAAGAGUGGACAAACAUAGCUCAUGACAGUUUUGGUCUUUGGGCUUUUUCAUUACAUGAUGCAUGUUAAAAAAAAAUCUGAAUAUGAGUGCGGGUCCAGAGUGUAAGUGUCACUGUUCUCAUGUAUCAACUUGAACACGCUCGGUGUGAACGCAUGCUAACACAUGUAGCCACUGUAGAAGCCCUGCUCUCUUCUUGUUCACCAAUAAUUAAGAAACAGUCCCACUGUUCUUCUUGUCAGUCUGAACAAAGCACUAAGCCAAGUUCAUGAAACUGCUUGUAAAAAUUUAAACAAGGGGUUUUCUGUAACAAAAAAACGUGCUUCAUGAAUUAUAAUGUGCCCAAAUCAUGGAUGAUGUGUCUUCAAAAACUGAAGGUAAAACUGUGAUAGGUCAAUUUCACAAAUGUGGUUAGAAAAAUAUUAUCAGUAAGUUCAGCUCCACAGAACUACAUUUAUAUGUUGUACUUUUUUAAUGGUUGCUUUUCCACUAGUUUGAUUUAUUCAAACCUCUAAAGUUUCAUCGUGAAAUGAUUCGGCUCACAGUCGCACCAGCUGUGGAGCCCGUUUUCCUUCAGGUUUCAGAUUUUUGCCUCCACUCCAGUGACCAGACAAUUCUAUUUCAUUAAACAUGUAGAUAUUUAAAACAGAGUGAGUGUUGAUCAGAAAACAGCCAUGAAAAUACACGCCCACUUAAAUAUUGACUAAAAGUACAAGCAGUCAAACAGAAAGUGGGACUGUCAGUGUUACAUUUCAGCUGCUUAUUCUUACAACUUAAUGCAGUUGCCCGUGAUAAACACCAGCAGUUCUUGUGAAAAAACACAUCAGUGUGAGCAGCGACCACAGUGACAGUGCAGUUAGUGCGGGGCUUUCUACAAUGGCUGAUAGUAAUGCGGUGGCGAAGGCGUUUAUUAAUCUGCUACAUCACUUCUUGCCUGGUUUCUAAUACAAACCUGUGGAUCCUUGAGAACAGACUGAAUUGUGUGAGGGAAGCUGCACUUUUUGCACAGAACCUCAGUUUUCCUCAAACACUUUGACUUGUACAAUGAAUGCAAAACUUUAGGCUGAUGUUUUUUUUCUGUCUGAUGCACAAAGGAUCUGUUCAGUGUCACUUUGUGUCAUCAGAAGGAAUGCACUGUUCUGUACUGUUAUCCAGCCCUGCAACUUCUUCUGCUUCUCCUCCACCUGUUCGUUUCUCCCGGCUGCACAGUUGGUUCUAACCAGACUUCAGUCAGCUUCAUUAGCUGAAACACAGUUUACUUUGUUAUACACUGCAGUAAAACGACAGAUUGAAUCUAGAUAUUGUGCUGUAGCUUUCGAUCACUGAUGCAGAUAUUCUUCAUUUGGGCUGGGACAAAUUUAAAUUGAAUAUUUAAAAGUGAAAAAAUUGGCACAACAUCAACACAAUCAUUAGAAAUACAGUGCCUUGCGAAAGUAUUCGGCCCCCUUGAA